UCCCAUGGGUUGGUUGCAGAAGCAGAUGAUGUCCGGUACCAACCCAAAGUCCAUUUUGAUGCGCAUCAUCCCAUCGGGAAUGACCAUUGAGGAGAUGGAUGAGUUUGAGAUGUGGUCCAUCAUCGCAGAGUAUCUGCGAUCUAUCGAUGAGCCGCCUCCAAGGCAGAAACUGGAGCAGUACAACACCUUCGACGAUGCGAUCCAACUACUGAAAACCUGCAAAAACAUUCUGGUCUUGACUGGAGCAGGAGUAUCUGUGUCCUGUGGAAUCCCAGACUUUCGCUCCAGAGACGGAGUGUAUGCCCGCCUGGCGGUAGACUUUCCAGACCUGCCAGACCCGCAAGCCAUGUUUGAGAUCAGCUACUUCCGCAAAGACCCAAGACCGUUCUACAAGUUUGCAAAGGAGCUGUUCCCAGGCCAGUUCAAGCCCUCCACCAGUCACAAGUUCAUCUCCCAGCUGGAGGAGCAUCAGAAGCUGCUGAGGAACUACACUCAGAAUAUUGAUACCCUAGAGCAAGCCGCAGGGAUCAAAGGAGUUAUACAGUGCCAUGGUUCCUUUGCCACUGCAACAUGCACUCGAUGUGGACUAAGUGUGGACUCGGAUGCGAUCAGAGACGAUGUAUUCAACCAGAUGAUUCCUAUCUGCCCGCAGUGUGGCCCUGAUACACCAGACAUGGCCGUCCUGAAGCCAGAUAUCGUCUUCUUUGGUGAGGGCCUUCCAAACCACUUCUAUGACAAGCUAAACGACGACAAAGAGACAGCUGAUCUACUCAUCGUUAUGGGGUCCUCUCUUAAAGUCAGGCCUGUAGCUACUAUCCCAAGUCUGCUUCCAAAAAAAGUGCCUCAGAUUCUGAUUAACAGAGAACCCCUUCCCCACUUGAACUUUGACAUUGAGUUGCUAGGCGACUGUGAUGUCAUCAUCAAUGAGAUCCUCCACCGGCUAGGGGAUGGCUGGGACCAUGUGUGCCAGUCGCAGCAGAGAUUGACAGAGACCACCCACAUUCCCAACGGAUUCAAGCCUAAAGAGUCUCGGCAAGCCCGGAAGGCAGUGCUGGAGGAGGGAGGAACAACCGUGGAUCAGAGACCUGAUCCAGUGCUGGAUGAGGGAGAAACAACCGUGGAUCAGAGACCUGAUCCAGUGCUGGAUGAGGGAGAAACAACAGUGGAUCAGAGAUCCAAUCCAGUGCUGGAUGAGGGAGAAACAACGGUGGAUCAGAAACCUGAUCCAGUGCUGGAUGAGGGAGAAACAACGGUGGAUCAGAAACCUGAUCCAGUGCUGGAUGAGGGAGAAACAACCGUGGAUCAGAAACCUGAUCCAGUGCUGGAUGAGGGAGAAACAACUGUGGAUCAGAAACCUGAUCCUGCAGGUAGGAUAGAUCAGGAGGAAUCCGUGUCAAAUCCAGUAAAUGUCAAAUCGAAAGAGGAUACACAGCACUCUUUGAGUUCUUUGAAGGAGGAAGGUCAAGUGUCUAGUGGUGAUGAUAAGAAUGAGGGAUCUAAAGCUGGAGAAGGCGAUGACAGAUUAGCUCGUUCGAACAGCCAAGAUUCUCCAAUCUCGCCAGAAGGACAUGUAAAACAGAGUUGUGACGAAAGACUCCAGGCUCCCGAGAAUCAAACUUCAUUAGAACAUCAUAUAAAUGGCUUAACAAACGAAGGCAAGAUUCAUGUAGAUGCUUUGCCUUGUUCCCGAAGUGAGACAAACUGUUCCCCAUCGUCAAAUAGUGACAGGUUGCAGAGUGUUGAUGAAGUUGAAAAUGCCUUAGCGUCGAGUGAACCCCAAACUUCCAAAACGAUUCCCUCUGAAUCGUCGCAAUCCCAUACAGCACAGGAUCAGACUGCUCAAAGAAACAGUGCUGCUGAACAGUACAUGCUCUUUCAAAGAACGUUGGACUCGAUAGGGAACUCGUCCACGGGUGCUAGCUCCUUGGAUGUCAUGGCGGGCAACGACUCAGUAGCUUCCGGUGAAUCCGAAAGCACUCAAACCCAUGUUGCAAGUGACUGUAAAGAACCAAGUACUGAUGUGAAAGCGGAAGCUGAAGAUCUGGGAUUGUGUGUGAACGAAACAGACAGAACAAAUUCACAAGAUGAUUUAAAUUCUGAAGUUGGUAAUGUUAGCUCGUCAAGUGGAAGUGUUUUAGAACAUAGGGAGCAAGCUAGUCCUGCCCCGGACUCUGAAGCCAAGCCAAGUCCAUCCACGUCUGCGGCAGCCAAAACACCUCGGGCAACCAUUUCAACUCAACUGAAAGAAUCGUCCUUCCUCUUCAUCCCACCAAUGCGCUAUGUAUUCCAUGGUGCCGAGGUGUUCCUUUCCGAUGACGACAAUGAAAUUGAGCACGGUUUGGAAGGUCUCAACAAAGACAUGGACAUUAAUGAUCUUCACAAUGAACUUGAGAAUGGCGACCUUCACAAUGACCUUGGGAGUGGUGACCUUCACAAUGAACUUGAGAAUGGUGACCUUCACAAUCACCUUCACAAUGGUGAUGACUUGCCUGAUCUGUCAGAAGAGGAUCACUCGCCGGCUAAAGAGAAAACUGUUUCGUUAGACGACUUAACUCCGACUGUGCCCUCGACUGACCGGGAGACUAGCCAGUAUGGUCAAUCAGCGUCCAAAGCGCAGUGUGUUCCGGAAACGAAUGGAAGAGAUGGGUCGCCUUUUGAAGCGCCGUCUGGUGAAACUGUAUACACACAUAUAGAUCUACCUGUGACACCUUAACUAAGCCACGAUGCCUUUUGUAUUUAAAGAUUCCAUCAUACUGCAACCGAACAUAACAAAUGUAACAGUUUGUGUCUUUUUUUUCUCUCCCAUUCUUUGCAUGAUUCUUGUAGGUGUACAAAUUUAGAGUGGGUUUAGUGUAUGGUAUCAAAGUUAGAGUGGGUUUAGUGUAUGGUAUCCAAUAUCUGUUCAGUCUUCUUUUUCAUUUUGACCCAAACACUUUUAAUAUAAAGUUAAAUACUUGUAAUGCAAUUACAUGGUGAACGGAACUCUCCUGAAGUAAUUGGAAAAGGCUGAUGAUGUAGUGCAAUAAGUGCAUAGAAAUAAGUGUAUGCUGUCGGGUCUUGGAGUCGUCUCGCUGAACAUAACAACCACUGCACACAGAAAUGGACAUAUGGGACUGCACAUACAUUUGGAGUGAAAAUUGGGUUCUAACUUUUCAGCCAUUUCUCAAGACAUAUUUCAAGUGUGAGAGUGUAUGCAGUGCAAUCCUAUGAAGAGGAUACACUGUAUUUGCAUUCCUGUCAAGUCAUUUAGCCGCUUCCCAAACAUAGCUCGUUUUUUAAGACAAUACCUGCCUUCUUACAAAUUCUCAAAUGAUUUUUU